AUGUAUGACAUAAAAGAUUUAUCACAAACGGAGCAGAAACUUGCAUUAAAUUUAAUUCAAAUAUAUGAAAGUACAAAAAGUGCUGAAGAGGAAUUUUAUAAAAAAUUUGAAAAUUGGAAACAAAUAUAUAGUGAAGUACAACCAAAGAAUAGUAAAAAGAAUGAUGGAAAUAAAAAAGAAAAUAUAUUUAAUACUAAUACUGUUUUGAAGUCUGUAUCUGAAAAUAAACAAAACGAUAUUAAUAAAUCUCAAGUGCCACAACCUUCUUUUGUUCAAAUAAAAUCAAAAGGACCAGUAGAGGAAGAAACAAUAUGGAGAGCUUUAUAUGACACACAAUUAAAGCGAUCUCCAGCAACUGAAAGCAUACAUGUAUUUUCUAAAGAAAAUAUAGAAAACGAAUAUGAAGAAGCAAAAUUAUCUGCAUUCGUAUCACAAAUAGAUAUGAUGAGAAAUAAUUUUGAAAAAAAUUUACAUUAUAUGAAUGAAGAAUUGCCACGAAAAAAAAGAUUAAUGGAUAUAAUUAAAACAGCGAAUUUGUUAGAAACUGACUUGAGCAAAUUGUACAAAAAAAACACCGACAAAUAUGUUGUUCCUAAAAAAAUAUAUGAAGGGACAAAAGUUUCUUGUUAA